UUCUCAUGUCCUCCUCCCCCAUUGAUUCCCUCCCUUUGGACACUCUCGUCCAAGUCUUGUGCAAACUAAGCCAUGAUGAACUGAAGCCACUGCUCACAGUCUCAAGGACUUUCCACAAUGCUGCUCUCGCUGCUCAGCAUUCGCAUUUCGACUACUCAACUCCUCAACGGAGCAAAACAUCGGCCUUCGACAGGUCGAAGGAUCGAGAACCGACCCCCGACGCGCCGUUGCUGAAGAUGGGAUCGAGAAAGCCGAGGGUGUCGAAGUUGUCGGAGGAAGAUACGCGGCGUGUCGCCGCCGUACUCUUUCGAGCAGGAGACUGCAAGAGAAGGCUCGCUUUUAGACCAGCAUGGAGGGCUUGCAGCCUGCCUACUAAGCGCGAGGGCUCGGCUGUUCGCGUCUCUAAUGCACAUGCGUGACUUUGCGAACUCACAGCGAAAGUGAUCGUUUACGAUUUUUACUAUCAUUACAUGUACCCACCAGUUAUUGUAGUACUUUUUUGUAGUACACUAGUAUUGCUACCAUGCAUGUAGUUUA